UUAAGCGGUUAAUUGCACUUCAAAUGUGAAAUGAUAUCUUCUAAUUGUAUUAACUGUGUUAAGUUGAUAGCUUCUAAAGAAGAGAAGUUAAAAAACAAAUGAUCCUGUCCUUUGAACCAAAUUGAUUUUACAACCUUAAGGACGCUUAUUUUACACCACGAUGAUUAGUGGGAAAGAAUCCACGUGUUGGGCCCCGCCUUUGUUUACUGGGUUUGUUUUGGCCUCUGUUUUAUUGUUGUUUUUAUUGUCUUGCAUAUUUUUUGUUCCUCUUGCCACUUUUUACUUCUAGUAGGUGCCAUGAACAUUGCUGGGAGGCCAAGCUGAGAUUUAUGCUUCGUGGUUGAGGAGUUGCAAAGCUUUUAUGAGAUAAGAAAAUUUAAUGAAUUCAACGUGCUAACAUACUAUUGAUUCUUUUUUUAUAAAUAAUUUAACAGAAUUAACGACCAGGUUAUUUUAUUUAACAUUCAUCAAAUGCAGGCAUCAAAAGUGCAACUCUUUAUAAAUGCAGCUCCACUGGGAAGACAAUGGCGGAAAACGUACAAACCUACCUUGUUUUCCUGAUGGACAGGUUGUUACUGUUGAUUUACCACUGAAAAGGCUACCCUUGUUUAUCUUCGAUAUGCCGUGAAUUGAAUGUGCAAUGAGUCUAAUCACUACCCAAAAAAUCAUUUCCAGGAAAUCAUGAAACCAGUUUUAACCCUUCAAGGAAACAGGGCACAUCCAAAUAGUAAGAGGGUAUCUUGCACCACCAGAGGGUAUCUUGCACCAGAGGGUAUCUUGCACCAGCUGGUAUCUUGCACCAGAGGGUUCUGGAGCAACAAUUACCUAUUAAAUUCUUUAGUCAAAGCAAUUUAACACUUUUGGACAAGGCUAAGAGUCAAUUUGUUGAUAAAAUCAGUUAAUGUAUAUUUUAAAAGUGUUUAGAAAGAAUUUAACAAAUGCUAAUCUCAAUUUGGUUAAUCAAACUCUAGUUAAAACAAUCAAACUGUGGGAAACCAUUUGUGUUUUAACUUAAACCAAUAUCAGUACGACUAUUUUUAAGGGUAAAUUACAAAUUAACCUUUUUUUGUGUAAUCGUGUUCUACACGUUGGGCCUUUGUCUAUUGGGCUUGUCUGGGUCUCCGUUUUAUUGUUUGUUUCCUUUCCCCUCUGAUCUUUCUAAUCCACAUCCAUCUUAUCUCGAGUGACCCCACAGCCGUCACCAUGCAAGCCACUUGUCAGAGCCCUCAGGCCACCGCAUUUCCGUCCCGGAGUUCCGCCGCCUUUCUAACCCGGCGAGCCUCCUCCUUCCCCACUUUAAAGCCAUUCGCCGCCCCUCCAAACCAUCGUCAUUGUUUUCGAAACUUUCAGUUCCCUCCCUCAUUUCCAACAAUUCGACUCAAAAAACACAGCUCAAGUAUAGCGGAUUCGAUGCCACAGGCCACGGUGUACGGCUUCGGAUCACCGGAAGCUGACUUGCGGAAACCCAAAGUCGGAAUAUACUCGGUGUCCUGUGCGGGGAACAAGUGCAACGCGCAUUUGUUGAAGUGGUCGGAGGAAGUGAAUCUGGGCGUUAAAGAGAGAGAGAUGGUUGCCUUUAGAUCCAAUACGGGCGAGGUUAGCGAUGCGACCACAAUGGGGAAUAGAGGGAUGUGCAACGGUUUGCAAUCUAGGGAUUUCAUUGCUGAUAGCAUUGCAGCGAGGUCGAGGGCUGGGCAGUAUGACGGGAAUAUCUCUAUUCCUGGUUGUGAUGAAAAUAUGUCAGGUGCAAUUAUUGCAAUGGGAAGGCUCAAUCGCCCAAGUAUUCUGAUUUAUGGUGGAGCCAUCAAGCCCCAUCAUUUUCAUGGCAAUACAAAUGGUAUAAUAUCUGACUUGCAGUGCUCUAGAGAGUAUGUAAGUGGAGAAAUAAGUGAUGAGCAGAGAGCCUCUGGGGGAAAAUAUGCUCCAAAUACCCUGGCAUCUGCAAUGGAAGCUUUGGGAAUGUCUCUUCCUUACAGGUCUUCAAUAUCUGCUGAAGACCCAUUGAAAUUGGUUGAAUGCCGUUUGGCUGGAAAGUAUCUACUAGAAUUGUUGAAAAUGGAUAUAAAACCUCAAGAUAUUAUCACCCACAAAUCUUUACGUAAUGCAAUGGUUAUUGUCAUAGCCCUGGGUGAAUCAACUAAUGCUGUGUCACAUUUAAUUGCCAUAGCAAGGUCUGUUGGGUUAGAAUUGACUUCUGAUGAUUUCCUGAAGGUUAGUGAUGAGGUUUCAUUUCUGGCUGAUCUGAAGCCCGGAGGCAUAUAUGACAACAUGGAGGAUUUACACAAGAUUGGAGGAACACCUGAAGUGAUUCGUUAUCUUUUGGAGCUUGGGUGUCUUGAUGGGGAUUGCAUGACAGUGACUGGGAAGACAAUGGCAGAAAAUGCACAAAGCUACCCCCUUUUACCAGACCGACCGGUUGGUACUGUUGUUUUAUCCCACUGGGAAAGGGAAAAUGUAGCAGACAGUAGAGGGGAGGGACCUAAUUGGGGAUCUCAAAUGUUGACUCUAGCAAGUGUAGUGAUGGGAGCAAUUCUUAGUAAGGAAACUUCGGUGGAUUAUGCGGUGAAGUUGGUACUGAAUUCGGUGACAAAGUUUCCGAUAAAAUUAGUUGCGGAAUUGGUGAAGGUAGUAAUGAAAUUGGUGAGAAAUGCACUGACAAGAUCAGUGACAAAAGAGUUACUGACAGAGUCAGUCAUAAGGUUUGUGGCACCACUAGCUGCAUAUUUGGUGAAAUGGUUUGUGGCAGAUUUGGUCGAAUGGUUCGUGACAAAGUUAAUGACAAAAUUAGUGGCAGAGUUUGCGAUAAAAUUAGUGGCGGAAUUGGUGAAGAAGGUAGUAACGAAGUUCAUGAGAAAUGCACUGAUAAGAUCAGUGGCAAUAGAGUUACUGACGGAGUCGGUCAUAAGGUUUGUGGCACCACUACCUGCAUAUUUGGUGAAAUGGUUUGUGGCAGAUUUGGUCGAAUGGUUCGUUACAUAUUUGGUGGAAUGGUUAAUGGCGACGAGUUAGUGUUGAAUUUGAUGAUGAUCCAUGUCAUCCUUGGCAUCUAAUGAAACAAAUGUAAGGAUAGUUUUGUAAUAAGGUCAAAUAAGCUCUAGUAUAUUUUGUUUUAUAUUUUAUUUUAUGCGUGGACUGUUACAAUUAAGUAGGGCUAGGGGUGUAAAUGAUCCUGGCUUGAACGAACAAGGUUAUGUUCGUAUUCGUUUGUUUUUUUAAAGGUAUUCAUGUUC